CAUUUUGAAUUUGAUUGAAGUGGUGUGAUUGUGUGUGUGUGUUGUGUUGUUGUUUAUUUUAGCUUGUCCAAAAUUGUACCAAAAUUAAAUAUUUUUGCCGGUGCCUGGUGCUUUCAUUCAUUCAAGCAAGAUUUUGACUUCAUUCAAGUUACUAAAUGGAUUGGUCACGACGCCGUCGCGAAAUUAACUUGGAACAAUUACAGCUGCUGAUAGAAUUUCUUUAUCAGCAUCAUGACCUCGCGUUCGGGAAGGUUAGGACGAAGGAAGGCCGUGCUAAAGCAGCACGAUUAUGGAAGGAAUGUGAAAGAAUGCUCAAUGCCGAGGGACCUGCAAGAACGGGCAAACAAUGGUCUAAGUUUUGGAACGAUUGGAAAUGCCGGCUUCGACACAAGGUGGCUACCUUGAAUGCAAAUCGAAAGGAGCCUGGCGUUGGGCCAAAUAUCGCUGAUCUUUCGCCACUGGAAGAAGGGAUGGCAAGGUUUUUGGGCAUUAUGAAUAUUGGACUCCUAACAAACGGUACACAAGAUCCCCUUCAUACACCAGACGGUGUUGAAGAAGAAGAUGAAGCUGAAGAAAAAGCCAUUCCUGAAGAAGUGGAGACAGAUGGUCAUAUGUUCAUGUUAGAAGUACAUUCCGAGGAGGUAGUGGCGGCCGAUGCAGUGCCGCGAACUAGUGCAAUCGACCCGAGCUACGCUGGACAAUUUCCAACACGAACAGCAAGUGACACACACAGAGCAGACGAUACACACAGAAUAAAAAGAGAGAGAAAAUGGAGUCGACGCUUUAGAAGACGCACAGCGCCAGUUUACCCUUCACCCCCACAAUUGUUGGACGACGAGUGUCGAUCAAUGUUGUUGGGAAUAGAGAAGACGCGAGCGGAAGCGGAACUCAGGCACGCGCGCGCGUCUCUGAAGCAAGCCGAGGCGGCGCUCGCGCAGGCUGAGGCGACCGCCGCCAUGGCGCGGGGGUUCACGCUCCUAGCGGAUACCAUUGACCGCUUCACCAAACAGUACCUAGCCAGACGUUCUCAGCAUCGAAAUCAGCACCCGGAAGGCACUUAACGAUGACAAGUGACGAUUCUGUAAAUAUAAGCAUAUUUUUUUUUAAUAUCUUAAUAAAUUUCGUUAAUAAUG